UCGUUUGCUUUUCCCUACACCCAAAACCCCAAUUUCCUGCCACCAGAGCACAAGGAAAGAAAUGAAUCAAUUCGCCCCUCAGCAAUCGUCGCUCGCCAUGGACUCAGGGGAGAGCUCCGCCGCCUCCAACGCCGCCCACGCGGCAAUGGCCGUCGACUACGCCCCCGAGGUCGCCGGCUGCGUUUCGUCCAUGGUCGACCUCGGCUGCGCCGCCGGCGUGGAGAGCCAGCGCCUGUUCCUGGCGCGCCGCACGGCGCUGGAGAUGCUGCGGGACCGCGGGUACAGCGUACCGGAGGACGAGCUCGCCCGCACCCUCCCGGAGUUCCGCGCGUGGUGGUCCGAGACGCCCGAGAUCGAGCGCCUCUCCUUUUCCACAACCCUCGCCUCCGACGAGUCCAACAAGGUGCGAAUUGUGUUCUGCCCACCUGAGCCCGUCAAAAUCGCAGCCAUCCGGGAGGUGUAUGUCCGAAUCAAAGAAGAGAACUUGUCUUGCCUGAUUCUGAUUUUGCAGAGCAAAAUAACAUCUAGAGCUAGGGAGUCCAUCAAGGAGAUGUUCAAAUUCAAAGUAGAUGUAUUCCAGAUCACAGAGUUACUGGUGAACAUUACUAAGCAUGUCCUGAAGCCCAAGCAUGAAGUGCUGACUGCAGAAGAAAAAGCGAAGCUCCUGAAGCAGUACAAUGUGGUGGAUUCACAGUUGCCUCGCAUGCUAGAGACCGAUGCUGUUGCGCGCUACUAUGGCCUUGGCAAGGGAACCGUGGUGAAAUUCACAUAUGACAGCGAGCUCACCGUCGACCAUGUGACAUACAGAUGUAUCUUCUGAUGGAUCCGUUUGGUUUCCAUGGGAUGAAGGUUGCUGUAAGCUGUUAGCCAAAACUGCCUCAUGGCUAAUGUACUUGCCCUACCGUGUUAUCUUCUGUUAGGCCUCGCGACAAUGUAGUUAGAAAACCUGGUAGUCAGUUUCAGAUGUUACUUAGAAAGUCUGGCACAAGUUUGUUUCCAGUGUACCAUGGUCGCUGCAUGUCUUUGAAAACUGAAAUGUGUUGCGGAGAAUCGCUCAAAAUGUGCUUGUGGGGUUGUCA